AUGCUGAACAUGGUCAGUGCCCUUGAUGCAGGUACAGAAGGGCAGGAUACCGCUACAACUAACCCGGAGUCGUCAAAUCUCGUGCGAGAGAACCAGAGCUUGAAGCUCCGCAUCAGACAAUUAGAACUGGCACUCUCCCGCCCAGAACUGGUCAAGCUUGAAACGGCGUCUUCUCCUGUGCCUCCCCCGGACCCGCAAUCCUCGGAUAGAAUCAUGAGUGACUUUCAAACCCAGGCCUUUGGGUUUUCCGUGGAGCCUACCCCAAAAAUUGCCAAUAUCACUCGCCCCCGGGAAAAUAGCGUGAAACUCAUUCUGCCUACCCGGCGAUGGAGUGAAAGGAUAAUUGAUUUCUCCUUGGUGCAGUUGGGCUGGGUGCAUUAUGCCGUUGAUGAUACCACAUUUAGGGAAGAGCAUAAUGCUUUCUGGGAUACCUUGAUCGAACAUGAGAAGGAAUCUUUCAUGAAUCACGGCUGGAUUGCAGUAUAUUUAAGCUUACUAGCUGUUGGGGUAUAUUUUAUGAGCGAAGAAGAUUUGCACGGGAUUCAGCUACUUUACGAAAACUUCUCUCAUCAAACGCCUUCAACAGUAUCUUCGCUGGGAAAGAAUCCAUGCGGAUUAGCCCGUACCUGGUAUGAAGCUGCAUUGAGGGAAUUGGAUUUGGCCGACUACACUCGAAACCCUGCGUUGUCUACAGUACAGACAGUUGCAAUCCUGAAUCUCGUGCACAAAAACAUGGGAGAGUCAACUCGAGAAUAUAUCCUCCAUGGUCUGGCGGUCAAUGUUGCUAGGCUUAUCGGUAUGGACCAUGCUGGUGAUACGUCGAAUACGGAAAUGGGGGGUAUCAACAGGGUCCAACAAAUCGUCCAUCAAAGACUAUGGUGGACUCUUGUCAUUUGCGAUUGGAUGACAAUUUGGUCACGUCCAGUGUCCAUCCACCCUGGUUCAUUCACCACUGUAAUGGGAACUACUCCCUCCCCCCAUAUCGAAUAUCACAAAUUCAUGGCUCGAGUUGCUACCAUGGCCCGCAAUAACAUCACCCCGGCCAAGGAACUGAGCCCUGGCGCACUGCAAGCAUGCUUCGAAGAAGUAGACAACGUCCGUGCUUGUUUUCCACCACCCCCGAACGACUCCAUCCAUGACGACCCGCUCUGGAACACCAUCCAGUAUAAUUUAGCCCUUAACUGCGUCGAAUCUUGGCGACUAGCCCUCUAUGUCGCCAUGCUUCCGAAAGUUCUCGAUGAUUCCUCGCCAUCGUCCCACACAGUCCUCGAUCCGGGCAUCAUAAUCGCGAAACAAAUCCUUCAACGUACAUACAACAAUUCAAACCCGGUCUACCACAAAUUUUGGUCUGUCAAUUCCGCAGUCGCCUCGGCAGGAAUAUUUCUAGCUCUCGAUCUCAUCUGCUUCCAACGACGGCGAUCACCAAUUCAAGUAUCUGAACAGAAGGAUCUGGUCGCAUUGAGUCUGAAAAUGGUCGAGCAGUCCAUCGCAGAAACACGACACGAUGGAAUUCUCGUUCUCAGACGUCUUACACAUCUAUACGAUACUGUGCGCCCAGCAUACAUGAGCAGAGUUGACCGCAACGUACUAGCGAAAAUUGUUAGACUUGUAGCUUUUCCACGAUUGUGGAAUUCGCUAACAAGUACGGAUGCAAUAAUGCGGUUCCUAUUCCAGGAUGCCCCAGGGUGCAAUUUUGGCUCCUCUUCUUCGUCACCUCCAGAUUCGGAUCUGUAUCCGUCUCAGUCGGGAUUAUGUUUGAGUAGCGUACCGCAGAUGCAGAGUGGAGAGUUUGGUGCUUGGGGGCUAUCGGAGACGAUGGAGCAGGAAGAGAUGGUACCUUAUUUCGGGCAGGUGUUUCCCUCGGCGGAGCUUAUAAAUUUGGCCUUGAUGGGUGAUCUAUGA